GUUCCUUCUUUAACCGGGCUUCUCGUUCGACACGCUCAGCCGCGACACUUCUCGCGCUCGCAAUCGCAGCCUCGAAAGUCGUAUCCCACAACCUUGGUUUGCAUCUGAACGGAUGCCGGUGGGGGGCUCCGGUGUGCUCUGCAGGGACCUUGGUUUGCAUCUGAACGCAAUCGCAGUCUCUUAAACCCUCCUAAAACCAUGGAAACCUAACUCCUAAACGAAUCCCAACCUGAGACCCACACAUUGUUCAACCAAAUGUUAACGUUCAUCUUCUCAUCAGCAACCCGAAAUUCAAUCCUUUCUAAACCCCUGAAAUUCCCAACUCCCGAAAAUCUCAUUUCCCAUUUUCACAGCAUAAGCCGGAUCUCCAACCCUGCAAUCCAGUUCAUUCUCGAAGAAGCUGAGGAAGACUUUCCGUCCUCCCGGGAGCCUAUUCAGUCACCUUCCUUUGGGAAUGGUGAGAUUCCAAGAUCUAGAGAUUCUGGUUCCGGAGUUCAGAUAUCUCACCCAUGGACGGAGUGGAUUGACUUAAUGAAAAAGUUAUUAAAGAAUGGAUAUUUCUCCGGCGACGGCAAUCCAUUUCCCAGAAACAACGAGUCGGGCAUCAAGGACUCAAACCAAAUACGCACUGCUUGUUUGAAUUUCGCUCGUGAUCAGUUUGAUCUUGUGAGGCACAUGUCCCGAAAAAAUAUUCAGGUGAUUUCAGAAGCUGGCUGUCCUAGCAUUGAUAGAAAAGUUGUCAACUCUGGGAAGCGUCUAAGGGCAUACCUUGGCAUUGACGAGGGAAAUGUUUGCAGCUCCUGCAUACUGCGUGGAAACUGCGAGAGGGCAUAUAUAAAGCUACGUGAGGAUGAAGGUAUCGGACGGACUGUGGAUGUCAUGCGUUUUCUGCUGACAUAUGGGCUUGAUCCAACAUGUGGUUCAGUAGAGACCAAGUCACACAUGAACAAAAGACUCGAGGAAUCCGUAAGAAAGUUACUUAAAGAAAUGGUGGAGUUGAGUAUAAAUGAAGGUGAUGGUUAUGAAAGCCAGGAUGCCUCAAGUGUUGUCAGGUCAUCUACACAAGGCAUUGCUGAAAAUCAUAAAGACAGCACGGUGAAAGCUCCAAUGAAGCCAGGCGAUUGGUUAUGCACAAACUGCAACUUCCUAAACUUUGCUAGAAAUAUCAAGUGCUUAAGAUGCAAUGGUUUAUCCCAAGAAAGACUCCAUAAUUUACGGAGUGAGCAGGACAAUCUUCCAUUGAAAAAGGGAGACUGGAUAUGUGACAAGUGUAAUUUCUUGAACUUUGCAAAGAAUACAAGGUGCUUACAGUGUAAAGAAAACCCGCCAAAGCGAACACUUCAUCCUGGGGAAUGGGAAUGUGAAUCGUGGCAUUCCUCAUGGAGGUCUGCACAGACUCACCGGAGAGCAGAUCCUUGUGGGAGAAUGACGGCAGCGUACUCACAGAGGGGCAGCGGUGGUGACGGUGAUGGCAGACUUGAUGGAGGGUGGCAAAAGGCGCCAUUGGUUUUGGCGUCGACUCUUGGCAGAGGCGGUUAUGGUAGACUUGUCAAAUUAGCUUUUUUUAGUCCUGUUUUUGGCCAAUAAAACAUAGUAGUCCUAUUUUUGCAAUUCUACCUUCUUUUAGUCCUAUUUAGGGAAUUCUUUAUUUACUUUGCUAAUAAAAUAUAUUUAUAAACUACACCUGUCCCUAAAUUUCUGUUCACUUGGACCAGGUAAACAAGUGAAACUAUUGUUCAUUAUUCAACAUAUUCAGCUGAUUCAGUCAUAAUUUUAGCAAUUUCAGUAGGGAGAUUUCAACAAGUAGGAGCAAAACGUACGGAUUUUCCAAAACUAAGACCGAAGAUUAGCAUCUGAGAUUUGCUGUGGUGGAAUCAAAGGUGAUGGCGCCGGAAGCGGCAUGGGUGGCGCCGAACGAAGUUACAGUGUCACAAGAUCCGGCGGUGGUGGAGGCCUUGGCGGCGAAGCUGUUUGAUGGCACCAACACGGCACAGGGUUGGUGGAGACCCGACAAGGUGGCGACAAUGUUUGGCGGCACAGGCACGGCGGCGACGAGGUCUGAAAAAUUGACAGAAAAUUCGCAGCAGGAACAAGCAAAGCUUGGAGGUGAGUUUCGGAACAGAGACAUUGGCGAUUCGUUAGCGGAAGAAAUAAAAGGGAUAGAAACACAGGGGUAUUUUAGGCAACUUGAUUUCAAGUUUCCUAAAUUAGGAGUGAUUUAGGUUUACGGAAGUAAUAAAUGUCAUUUGGUCUUAUUUUGGUCAAAAGUUUAUGAAAGUGUCUUAUUAUGGACAAUUUUCUCAUUUCAGUAGACUUGGCCUAUUUGUCUUACCAAACAGACUAUUUGCUUCUUUUUCGAGAACAGACUUUUUGCUUUGAGACAUCAUAUCUAAUACUGAAUUGCAAAUCUUCUAUCUUUAUACACCCCUGUAUUGCAAAUCUUCCAUCUUUAUACACCCUUACUUUGUGUCAUUAAAUGAUAUUUUAGGUGCAAUUACAUCAAUUUCAAGAGAAACAUGGUCUGCUUGAAAUGCGACCACAGAAGACCUAGAACGUUGAAUUCUAUAGGCUUUUCCUCUUUGCAUGCAUGUCCCAACACAAGCAAUCGUCUUAGCAGUAGUCCCUAUCUUGACACACAGAAACAAUUCAGAGAUGGAGUUAAUGAGCCCAAUGCUGUCAAGAGUCACAGGGAUGAGUUGGUCUCAAGGAAUCAAGAGGCCGGAUGUGCAGACUUCCCCAUUUUAGGAGGCAAAAGUGAUAUUUCUAGGGAUGAACAAAAACGGGAGAAAUGGAAAAGGGAGACGAUGGAGAGGAGCACAACUGCAGUGAAGUCGAAAGAAAAAGACUUUGAAUUUAAGUCUUGCUUUGUUGAAACCAGCAAGCAUUCCCAGUUUCCCAAUCAUGAUGAUGACCAAAUGGCUGACUGGUUUGGUCAUAUGACUAUUCAAAAUGACAGAAGAUUUUCUCCUUGACUGGGAUCUUUACACAAUGGCCUGCUUUUUAAGCUUCGAACAAUGAAGUGCAGCUGUGCAGCUAUGUGGAGUAAAAGUAGAAGCGGUUCUACACUGCUUGUAUAAAUGUACAGCAUAGUUGAUGCACCUCGUGUUUUGUUUGUUGAAAUAAAUGCUAAAAAGUUCUCAAAGAUUUGAUGUACACGGUGCAUGAUGUUUGAUUUUCGGCUUGGGGUUAUUUAUACUCCAUUUUUACUGCUUUACAUUUCUCUCGCAUUCAAUCCACCAAUUGUAAAAUAAAUUGAAGCUUUUUCUUAAAACAUUAUUUAUAUAGAGCUUAUAGAUAAAAAUGUCU